AUGGCUUCCAGACAGCAGUACCAGACACUGACCGAGGAGACAAUUUGUCCCAUUUGUCUGGAUUUCUUCACCGAUCCGGUUAUACUGGAGUGUGGACACAACUUCUGUUGCUCCUGUAUCACCCAGAGUUGGGGAAAGAAGAAAAACUCCUCUCCAGAAUGUAGACAGAGGUUUCUGGAAAGAUACCUCAGGUUAAAUCGGGCCUUAGUGAAUCUGGCCGAGGGGGCUUGGAAGCUAAAGCUGGAGGCAGCUUGUCGGAAGAGAAGGUGGAUUCCGGAAGUGCGGAGAGUGAUCAUGGCAUCCGCACAGCAGCUCCUGAGACUGACCGAGGAGGUAAUUUGUCCCAUUUGUCUGGAUUUCUUCACCGAUCCAGUUACACUGGAUUGUGGACACAACUUCUGCCGCUCCUGUAUCAUCCAGAGUUGGGAAAAGAAGUUAAACGCCUGCCCGGAAUGUAGAGAGGUGUUUCCGGAAAGAAACCUCAGCGUAAAUCGGGCCUUAGCGAAUCUGGCCGAGGAGGCUCGAACAUUAAAGCUGGAGACGAAGAGUAAAUCUCACUGUAAGAAACAUCAGAGAGAACUGGAGCAGUUUUGUGAAACUGACAGAAAGUUGGUCUGUGUGAUGUGUGUCACUGCACCGGAACACAGAGAGCACCGCUUCAUGCAGAUUAAUGAAGCUGUUAAAAUAUACAAGGCUAAACUGAAAUCUGCCUUAGAUUCACUCACAGAGAAGAAAUCGGCGGUUCUACAAACGGAACUGACCCAGAAACGGAAGAUUUCCGAAGUGAGGGAACAGGCGAGCAGUCUGCAGACCCACAUCACAUCCGAGUUCACUAAAAUGCACCAGAUUUUCACUGAGAAAGAGCAGCGUUUACUCCGAGAUCUCAGGGAAGAAGAGGAGAGGAUUGUAGAAACAAUGAAGGAAAACCUUCGCGAGAUUCCGGAGAAUUUAAAUUCUAUUGAGACGAAACUCUCAAAGUUGCAGAAACAGAUGGAGCAAACGGACGAACUGAAAUUUCUGAGGGAGGCAGCUUGUCGGAAGAGAAGGAUUAGCGCUAACAAUUGGAUAUCACCAGCAGAUGGCGCCUUGUCUCUUGGAAAGUACGGCCCUUUACAGUACACAAUUUGGAGAGAAAUGAUGGAUGACAUUAACCCGGCUCCAGCCUCUCUGACUCUGGAUCCGAACACAGCGCAUCCCCGGCUCAUCCUGUCUGAGGACCGGACCAGUGUGAGAGUCGGAGACACAGAGCAGCAGCUCCCUGACUCCCCGGAGAGAUUUGAUCUCUUGCCCUUUGUCCUGGGAUCAGAGGGAUUCACAUCAAGGCGGCAUUACUGGGAGGUGGAGGUGGGACAGAAGACGUGGUGGAUUCUGGGAGUGGCCCGAGAGUCUGUGAAGAGAAAAGUGGGAUUCAGACUGAACCCGGAGACGGGACUGUGGACUGUGGGGUUGUAUCCCAGAGAUGGUUAUUUUGCCGCCACGUCCCCCUCACCAACACCCCUCUCCCCGAGUGUGAAUCCCCGGAAGAUUGGGGUUUUCCUGGACUAUGAAGGUGGACAGGUGUCAUUGUACAAUGCGGACACCAUGUCCCAUCUCCACACUUUCACACACACUUUCACUGAGAGGCUCUUUCCCAUCUUCAAUCCGGGGUUGAAUGACGGCGGGAAAAACUCCGACCCGCUGACAAUCUGCGGGAUUGAAAGGCACUGACAGAUCCAUCCCAUAAUUUCACCCCGUCCCCCUGCCUCCUGCCAGCUGUAAGCUGAUGGGUGUGGGUCUCACAGUCUCAAGUGGAGAGAGAAGCCAGGUUAACAUUCCGGGAAUAAAUCCUGAAUCAGUACUGAAAACAGAAAGAUCAGCAAGGAGCUGUGUAUGACUGGGGGAACAGAAGAAACAAAUAGAAGUCCAAUUGUAGUGUUAGAAAUCACACAACAUCAGAUUAUAGUCCAAAAGGUUUGUUUGGAAGCACUACCUUUCGGAGCACUGGUCUUUCAUCAGGUGGUUGUGGAGAGUCGGUGGGGUCUUUCCAGGGGGGACACCAGAUCAUUUCACUGCAAGGCAGAGAGAGACAGGGAGAUCCAGAAAGGGUUGAGGAAGUGAAGGCAACGAAUACAAGAAUUCCUUGAGUCACUGUUAUUCCCACCUUCACGGUGAUCAGGUGGUCUUGGUUUCCAGUGGACGGAGGUUCAAAUCCUUGUGAACAACUGAGUAAAUUUGGAUGGUUUAGCUGGCUCCCACACCACUCCCGACACACAGCAAUGUAGGUGACUCUUAAUGUCGGCUGGGCAUUCAGUUCUGAGCAACACCAACACGAACAUCUCAUCAAUGAUUAUAUCAAAGAAGACUGGAGGGGAGACCAGUUGCUGUUGUGAUCCACGUCACUCUUCAGUUUGGACUCAGGUAGUGAGCAAGUGUCAUUCCCAUGUUGCCUGGCCCACUGAGUGCUUCCAUCGUUUUCUGCUGAUAUUAAUGACUCAUUGGUUUGAUUCCUGUAUUUAUGAUAGCACUGUCAGUUUGUUAAACUUUAAAUUCUCAACCUGUUACAAUAAUGUCAAUGAUUAAAUAGUGCUGGCCAUUGAACUGGAUCUGCCCAGGUUUGUAAAUAUUAAUCAGAACAUCACAUUCAUGUGGGUACUCUGUAAUAAAAUUGUUGGUAAGGAGACUUAUGUAUAUGUGAUGUCUCCUGCUGUGAAUAUUGUUGAUAAUCUGUACUGAAUGUGCUAUAUAAAUUGAUUUGGAUACGUACACCAUUCCUGUAAAUGUUGAACCACAUGAAAUCCACUUCACUUGAACUGAAGUCAGUAUUCAUUGGUCGCUGGGUUUCUGGUCAAUCUCAUCAUCGGUUUACUUCAGUGAAAUCAUCCUUAAAUCAUGAUGUUGUAAUUACUUGUUUUUUUUUGCAAAAGUAUUAAAGCACUCUUGUUAAACUGCGCAGUUUCAGGCAGAAGAGAUCACACUGAGUCAGACACAGCCCAAGUGCACAUAUAGUUGAAGGCAUGUGGAGGUAGUGUGAGACUAGAACUGGUUCAUGUUUUGUUUUUCCAUUUUAAAAGUUUGAAAUUUGGUCACUUCAGUAAUGAAAAGGUCGCUGACCCAGCUGACUGAGGGACAGGAAUCUGCUGAAGCCUGAACAAGGUCUCAAUAGGUGGUGAUUACUGUUAAAGCUCAAUACAUCGGAGUCAGUUGUAUAUAACGAAUGAAUGAUCUUACUAAAUGUUACAAUGCAAACGCAAUA